GAAAAGGUAGUGGCUUCUGGAGCGCAUGAGGAAGUUCAAAACCGCUACGUUAGCAGAGACGGGGGGGAAUAACUGUGGAUGUAAGGAAAGAAAAAUAUCACGAGCAACCUUUGAACCGUUUUCCUUGGUAUCCUCAUGGAUCCAACUGACAUGUCAUCCGUGCAUUUUAACCCUGGACUCGAUGAUAAAGAGGUUAAUGGAAAUGAAGAAAAAGAAGCCCAUGUGGAGAUUGAUGAUGGCAAAGAGGAGAAUGGCGAGCCUGACACCCUAUACCACCAAAUCCGAAGGAAGAUUGCUCCUUUUGUGAUGUCCUUUGGUUUUCGAGUGUUUGGUCUGGUGCUCAUCAUCGUGGACAUCUGCCUGGUCGUGGCUGACCUGGCCAUUCCCAUAGACAGCCGUGCAGGUCUGGGGGAUUGGCUGGAGGCCAUCUCCCUGGCCAUCGCCAUCUUCUUCCUAGUGGACGUACUCCUGAGAGUCUAUGUGGAAGGGUUCAAGGUGUACUUCAGCUCCAAGCUGAAUAUCAUGGACGCGUGCAUUGUGGUGGUAACAUUAGUCAUCACCAUGAUCUAUACUUUCUCUGACUUCUCAGGAGCUAGCCUCAUACCAAGGGUGUUCAACUUCUUGAAGGCGCUGAGAGUCAUCAUCCUGGUCCGCGUCUUCCGCCUGGCCUCGCAGAAGAAGGAGCUGGAGAAAGUCACCAGGAGAAUGGUCUCAGAAAACAAACGACGCUAUCAGAAAGAUGGGUUUGACCUGGACCUUACAUAUGUCACAGAUAGAGUCAUCGCCAUGUCUUUUCCAUCUUCUGGGAAGCAGUCUCUCUACAGGAAUCCCAUCAAAGAGGUGGCACGAUUCCUUGACACUAAACACCUUGAUCAUUACAAAGUAUACAACCUCUGCAGUGAAAAGGGCUACGAUCCUCAGUUUUUCCACUACAGGGUGGAGCGUGUUCUUAUAGAUGACCACAAUGUCCCAUCUUUAGAAGAUAUGUUAAAGUACACUGUUAGUGUGAGAGAUUGGAUGUCCGAAGAUUCCAGGAACGUCAUUGCCAUUCACUGCAAAGGAGGGAAAGGACGCACUGGGACUCUUGUGUGCACCUGGCUCAUUGACAGUGACCAGUUUGAGAGCGCUGAGGAGAGUCUGGACUACUUCGGGGAGAGGAGGACUGACAAAAGCAUGAGCUCUAAAUUCCAGGGCGUGGAGACCCCCUCCCAGAGCAGGUAUGUUGGAUACUAUGAAGUCAUGAAGACCAAAUAUAACCGUCAGCCACCCCCUGAGAAGUUCCUGAGGGUAAAGAGCAUCCGCAUCCACUCCAUUGCAGGUGUGGGCAAAGGCAAUGGCAGUGACCUGUCGGUAAAAAUCAUUGUGAAGAAGGAGCUGGUGUUCCAGUGUGUGUGUGCCAAGCAGGACAGAUGUACGCUAUUUCCAGACACUGGCAAUAAUGCAGUGGUCAUCAGUUUACAGGACUGUCCAGUUAUCUCAGGGGAUAUCAAGGUCAUGUUUGAAUCCAGUGCGGGUCUUCCGAAAGGAUACGAAAAGUGUCCCUUCUACUUCUGGUUCAAUACCUCCUUUGUUGAGAAUAACAAGCUGUUUCUGUCCAGGGAAGAACUGGACAAUCCACACAAGUCUAAGGUGUGGAACCUCUACAAAGAGGACUUUGGUGUGACUCUGUCCUUCAGCGACCCAUGAUGAGGUGUGAGCGGACACAUCUGCUUUCCCUCACGGAGACAGAUGUCCUCCUUUAAACUAAGGAAUGUAAACAUACGCGUGAGGAUGAACGGGGGAAAAACAGAGAAGAAGAAGCACUCCGACUCUGGGAGAAUGGAUCCUAAGACGCAAAUGUAUUUUCAUAUAAAAUAAUAUGAAUAUACAAGAUGGAUCCUCAGCUGUUAAGACACAAAUGUAUUUUCCUAUAAAAUAAUAUGAAUAUACACAAUGGAUCCUAAGGUCUUAUACAUUCAAUAUUUUCAGAUCCACUUGUGGCCAGUCUACAAUUCAGUCCUCGAACUCAAUCCUGGACUUCUGGUCCGUGGUGUAAUUUACCUGUGAAAAAGGGACAGACACUUGCUCAAUCUAUGAAAAGAUGAUUUAGGAAAUGAUUUGAAAUGUAAUGAAAUGUAGUGAAAUGUUAUCUAUUUAGUUAUCUAUUUAGCACUGUUUGGUACAAUAGAGUGAGUUCUAUGUUGUUCUUGGUGCACAUUUGUAAUCAUUAUUUUGACAUGGACAUUCUGACAUUAAAAGGCAUGAAAGGGAAUAAAGACACUACAAAAAUGCUAUACUGUAAGGAUGGAAAAGGAGGUUAGAUUGUCUUCUUUGAUUUACAAUGUCUACAAUUGUAAGGGACUUUUAUAAUGGCUCAUGACUUUGAAGAUGUCAUCAAUAAAUGCACUGUUUAAAUCUUA